AGACAGGGGUGUUCUCAGAAAGGGGACAUAGAGAAGAGCAGUGGGGGAGGAUCUAGAGUUGGGGGGUGUCUUAGAAGAAAAAAACCAGAGCAAAACUGGAUGCAGUGGGGUGCAGGAGAAUGGCUUUAACAGGAAAUGCCAAGAAAGAAACGAGAGGACACGAAGUAGGGGACGAAUAAGGAGAAGGGGAGAGAAGCCGGCCAGGAACUAGAUCAUGUUUGAAGUGGGGAAUGAACCAGUGAAGGCAGAGAAAGGGAAGCUAAGGUGGCCAGAGAGGAAGGGAGGGAAAGAACCAGCCGAGAUACAGACAAAGGUGUGAGUGAUUCCGUUUUGCAAAGGGCACGGCACAGGACAGCCCAGCAAAGAGCUGAAGGAAGUCCCAAGCCAUUCUCUGGAGAGGUUUAGGGCCUCAGGGGUGGGGUAAAGUUUGAAUUAUGGCUCCCUGCCUCAUCCCAGGAUCCGUGUAGCUGCCAGCUGCGCCAUGGAUGAGCUGUUGCCGCCAACAGUGGGGGAUAGCGAUCCCAUUGUCCCCUGCAAGGGGCGUUCUCACAAGGACUGUUGCGAGCGGGUCGUGAUCAACGUUUCAGGCCUACGCUUCGAGACCCAAGCAAAGACCUUGCUCCAGUUCCCCGACACUCUCCUGGGUGACCCACAACGUCGGGUGCGCUAUUAUGACCCCCUGCGCAAGGAGUAUUUCUUUGACCGCAACCGGCCGUGCUUCGACUCCAUCCUGUACUAUUACCAAUCUGGAGGACGCCUCCGGCGGCCGGCCAACAUCCCCAUCGAUGUCUUCCUGGAGGAACUCAAGUUCUACCAGCUUGGAGAGGAGGUCCUCUCCAAAUUCCGUGACGACGAGGGCUUCAUCAAGGAAGAAGAGGCACCCAUGCCUGACAGGGAAUUCCUCAAGCAAGUGUGGCUACUCUUUGAGCAUCCCGAGACCUCCCAAGCGGCCCGCAUCAUUGCCAUCAUCUCAGUGAUGGUCAUCCUCAUCUCUAUUGUGAUCUUCUGCUUGGAGACCCUGCCUGAGUUUCGGGAUGAGGAGGACAUGUCACUACCGCAGUCUCUUCAUCAUCGCAUGAAUAGCAGUGUACCACACGUCGCGCCCGCAAAGAACCAUUUCGACGAUCCCUUCUUCAUCGUGGAAACCAUCUGCAUUUGCUGGUUCUCCUUUGAGCUCUUGGUACGCUUCCUGUCCAGUCCGAGCAAGCCGGCUUUCUUCAAGAACGUCAUGAACAUGAUUGACUUCGUGGCGAUCAUCCCUUACUUUGUCACCCUGGGCACUGAAGUCGCUCGCCAGAAGGGGGUGUCCCAGCCUGCCAUGUCCUUGGCCAUCCUCAGAGUCAUCCGGUUGGUGAGGGUCUUCCGAAUCUUCAAGCUCUCCAGGCACUCCAAAGGCUUGCAGAUCCUAGGGCAGACGCUCAAGGCCAGCAUGAGGGAGCUCGGUUUGCUCAUCUUCUUCCUCUUCAUCGGCGUCAUCCUCUUCUCAAGCGCCGCCUACUUUGCCGAAGCCGAUCACGAGGGCACGUCCUUCACCAGCAUCCCCGCCGCCUUCUGGUGGGCUGUGGUCAGCAUGACAACUGUGGGAUACGGCGACAUGUACCCUGAGACUAUGGGCGGCAAAAUCGUGGGUUCCUUGUGCGCCAUCGCUGGAGUCCUCACCAUCUCCCUCCCGGUGCCUGUCAUCGUCUCCAACUUCAGCUACUUCUACCAUCGCGAGACGGAGUGUGAGGACCAAGGCCAAUACACCCACAUCACGAUGUGCCCAUACACCCCACAGCCGUCCCCGGCCGCCAUCCGCGAGAAAGCUCAUCUCAAGGAGAAACACCUCAAGGACGCUGUGGAGCAUUCAGAACUUCUGGAUGGCAUGGUGCCCAUGGGCAACUCAGAAGCACCCAACAAACGCCUUGUGACUGAAGUGUGACCACCCAGUCCAAGCACCCGACCCCCCCACGUCCUGCAAAUAACCUUCCCUUCACCUCCGCGUCUUCAACUUUGUAUAAUAGGGUGGUAGAUUAGCCAAUACCAAUUGGUCUCCUGUUGGGCCUAAAAUCCUUGAAGAACAGCAAUGGAUUUGGAGAGAACAUUUCCCAUCAGGUUUUGAGAGGGAACUGAAGGGAUGGCCAUGUCUAAAUUUGGGAUGAGGUAAUGGCACAGUGGGCUGCCCCUGGAGCAGACAUGGCGGCGGGGGGGUGGGGGAUGUGUGUGGAAACGGUGCCUCUGGUAGUCAUGUGGACGCUGUUGCAAGGAGACAGUUGCGUAAACACACACGCUCUGCCGCUCUUCUCCUUCCGUGGUUGGUCUAGGGUGCCGUCAGUCCCCAGAAAGUAUAGCCUCCUCUCCUUUUACUCCUUUCUCUGCCUGGUCACCCUCCACCCAUCUGUGACUCAAAGCACCCUUGGCACGAAGGAGCCGCCAUGAAAUCACAGCUAUGUGUUCUUGGGUUUCAUCUGCUGGACCGCGCAAUGGAACAUACCCAGAGCAACCCAAGCCCCAAAUAGCAAGAGUUGGGGAGGGGGGUGGUGGAAUAGAAAUGAGAAUGCAAGGAGCCAACCAUUCUGAAAUCAGGGUAUUGCGGGGAACACCGUCAUUGCAGGGUAUCUACAUUUUUCAGAUGAGGCCGGCUGUUGGAAAAGAGCCCUUGGUUUCCGUCUGCCCCAUGAAACAGAACCCUUCCCAUUAGUUCCUACAAACUGAGAGCUAAUUCCUACCUUAGCAGGAAUCCUCUCUGCUCAUUAAAUGGGGUAGGAUAAGAACUCGCUACUCUCUCGAAGGCUACAACUCAGCUGGAAUACUUAUACGGCUUUUUUUAUUUUUUGGACAGAACGGCUUAUUUUUCUUCCCAGUUCCAAACCAGCCAUUGGUUCCUCAUGAAGAAACAGAUGCUAAAUAUGUCUGUUUCUCUGGCCUCAGCUCUCCCGAUCUACAGCGCAACCAGACCCGACCAAAUCUCAUGUCCCGUCAAAUAGCCGGCCCCAUCCUUGGGCGGGGCAAGGCGGCUCAGAACAGGUGGCAGAUUUUUAUUUUGUCUGGUAUUACAUACUGGACUGGGAUACUAUUUUUUGACUCGGGCAACGAAAUGUCUCCAGCCAGAAUCUCCUUAUAGCUAACUCGACAGAAUCUCCUUAUAGCUCAGUCGAAGCUGACAUAAUUCUUCCUUUUCAUCUCGACGCAGAAACAAACAAAACAAAAAAGCAAAACGUUCACUGUUUCGUUGCAGCCGUUUCCCACUGGGCAUAUAGGAGAGUGCGCUAGACGUGAUCCUGGAAGAACUUUGUCUCCUGGGCCCAGAGAAGCCAAACUGAUCCACUGCAUCCCUCCAUCUCACAGGUUCUUCAAUACCUGCAGAACGGAUUUGAUGAGGGUCUCAGGAGCUCAACCCUGCGGAGACCCUAAUAUCAACGGUUGCCAUUUUGCUGAAAGGGACAAGAUGCAUAUUGUCUGAAAAUACAUGUGUUGCCCUUUUCAGACAAAAGGAAAACCGCACAUUAUUAGAAGGAUUAUGCCCAGCACUCUUUCCUUGCAUAUACCUGCCAGGCUUCCAUUAUGAAUAGUGGAAGGGUAGGAGGGAUAGAAAAUCCAUCAAAUUCAUAAACAGCUUUUAGAGAAGAGUUUGGAUUUGUACCCCACCUUUCUCUCCUGUAAGGAGACUCAAAAUGGCUUACAAGCUCCUUCCCUUCCUCUCCCCAUAACAGACACUUUGUGAGGUA